AGUGAGAAUGGAGGAGGGAAAUGGUGUUUUUCAGACACUUGUCUGUGAAGACGAUUUGCACGAGGAAGAGUAUCCUCCUUACCAUCAGUCUAACAGGAUACAAGUGUCCAUGUUCACUAUGAGUCCUGGGAGACGCCACAGACUGGCUGCAGUGUGCCUGGCGCUUCUUGCUGCUGUUCUUCUGAUACUGAAUAUUGGCCUGGGGAUCCACUACAACAAACUCACAGACACUCACCUCACCCUCGAUGAUACCGAACGCAUCAGCAAAGAGCUCAUCAACCUCCAGGACACUUACAAGACUGCAGUGGAAACCAUGAAGGAUGCCAGCAAGCAGGUGGACAGUGAGAUGAGCCGUCAGACACAAACCAACUGGGAGUUUGAACACCAGACAAAAAGAAGCAAUGACUAUAAAAGUCAGAUGGAAAAAAUCACAAAGGAAAUUGAAACCAUGAGAUCAUAUUUACCAAUGCUUAGCGAUGGCUGCAAACACUGUCCUGCAGGAUGGAUUUUAAUGAACUCUGUAUGUUACUACUUCCCCUUGAAAUCAAAUGAAAUCAAAACAUGGAAGGAAUCCAGAGAUUUCUGUCAGCUGCAGGGAGGAGAUCUUAUAAUCAUAGACAGCCAAGAUGAAGAGAACUCAACAGUCAAUUACUUGAUAAAUCAUCAAGCUGCCCCGAGACAAACUCGUGACCUGGUCUGGGAGCCUCCCUUUCCUCAUGGACCUUGGAUGGCUCACAGAGACCCUGAGUUGGAUUGGAUAAGAAGAAACCAUUAUCAAGAUACGUCUCGUACUCCGCCGUUCUGGAUCGGACUGAGAGACGUCCAUGAGGAAGGGACUUGGAAAUGGUGGGAUGGAACAUUACUUGCUGAAGGGUACUGGAACGAUGGAGAACCAAAUGAUCAAAACAAUGAGGACUGUGCAGCGUUGCGUCCCAAAGAAAACUUCUACAAGAGCUGGAACGAUCUUCCAUGUGAGACCAAAAUAAAAUGGAUUUGUGAAAAAGCACCAAAAUCACUGAGCUAAAAUUAAUGAAAUAAAGCAUUACAGUCCUACAUAAGCACAUGUUGCUAUCACACAA